AUGCGUGAGCGCGUCACCUUUGUCCAUAGGGACCAUACUCUUAACCCUGAAGAGUUGGAUAACCAAGAGGCUGGCCUAUUGGGGCCACAAAUCGAGACAGUCCGCCAGGAUAAGCUCACUGUCCCUUUCAGUGAGCUACCUCUAGAGCUCACUGACAUACUACAAGAGUAUGAAGCUGUUCACAUCAGAUGGGCCAGCCCCAUAAAAUCAGAGACCCUUGAUCCUUUGACCUCACGUAUCUCACCGGGUCUUCAUGUCUAUGCCACUCCGACCUCAGCAAGCUCAUGCAACCCGACAAAGUUAUGCGGUUGGCUUCAAAGGUUUGGUCCACUGGCCUGUAUGAAACCAGAGGCUUUCACCGAGUUUCCAAACAAUAACUCGCUUCUAUCUGGUUUCUCCUUCUAUCAAGCACUUGAAGACUUGCAUUCUUUCGUGAUCACUAGCUCGCAGGAAUUCUGCCCUGAGGCCGAUACUGUCUGCCACGCUCGACUGCGUAGCUUAUUGACCGCCACCAGCGUGGACUUAUCCUUUGACAAUACUGCAAAUGCUCUUGUUCUCUCAGCACUAUGGCCUUUCCGCCCUCAAACAGUUGCUGUCUCUGCAUCUCUGGAGAGGAGGGUAGAAGUUGGUAUCUUUGUCAAUGACCGCUCCCAACCAAACAUGAAAGAGAAUGAGCUGGGGGUCGCUGGCGUCUUGUCCGUUCUUGGCGAUCAGAAGAAGCCCUCGCCAACCAUCUUCACCUUCCCCGCCCGACAUCGCCGAGACGAAUCUGUUUUCAGCUCCCGGUUCCUUGCGCCUACAGGACUUCACCCCACUCUUCAGCUAAGCCUCAACUCCAACAAGGUCCCAAGCGCCGAGGGCGAGUGUGCGCCGUAUGCCUUCCUGACGUUACCCAAGACCAUAUUCGCGGAUCGUUAUCAACUGGGAGACGAUUUGUUCUUGGCCUCGAAGAACCUGACUACUUUGCGACACACGACUCUGCCCGUCGACCUAGAAGCGCCAGCAUAUACAACUGAAACAUGGGGUUCCAGUGUUCUGCUUCAGCUCGCGCCGCCUGAUCCCAAACAAGAGCAGCCGUGGAGUGUUGAGAUUCCACUUCACCUGCGAUAUCUCAAGCCUUCAGCUAGCGGUCAAGCUGAGAUUGAGAUUCCAUAUCCCACUGUCUUCUGGGCAUGUCAGGUGCAAGAAGAAACACUUGAGAGCCCAUUUGAUCGCCUGCAUGUGGGAUAUGAUGAUCUCUUCGACCGCCACACUGUCUUUUGGCACGUCAGCCCCCAGCCAGAAGGUGGCAGCAGACUCAUGAACCGAGUCGCCGUACCUGUACUCAAGGAGGAAGGAAUGGAUUCCAUCAGAUCAGGAACGGCAAUUGCAGUUACGUUAGGCUUUGCCUGGGUUCUGUGGAAGUUAGUUAGUGUCAUGCUAAACUCUGACAAGACGCCGGCCAAAAUUGAGGAAGAGACUACUCCAAAGUAA